CGCAGUCCGCGGAGGUCCCGCAGGAAUAGCACGCGGCGGAGUCAGUCCACGUCCAGCUCGGUCAGUGAGCCCACCAAGCACUCGAACCCGCCGUAGCAGACAGCAGCAGCUCUUGAGUGGACCAUCGGUCCCAGGUUGUCGUCUUCUCUAAUGUAACGUUGGCUUGGAGCUCGUGAGGGCGAAUCUCGGAAUUUUCACUUCACAUUGGAAGCAAUGGAGCUAGCCCUACGCGUACAGCACACGACUGCAGAGAUACGCUUUCCUGACCCCGCGAGUUCACGCCUAUUAUGAGACGAAGUGUCGUAACGGAAGUCACUUGGGCCCUGAAACCACCGACGAGCUCCACUAGCGAUUCCUCUUGAGCUCUGCUGGAGCUCGCGGCGGCCAUGGCGUUCCCGUACCCGGUGAACACGCGCAUGACGACGCGCAAUGUGGAGAAGAUCCAGCUCGAGCGCCGGCGGCAGGAGAUGGAGCACUCGGCGCUGCACAAGUUCGCGCAGGGCAACCAGUUGCAGGCCAUGCAGAACCAGUCGGACGCCAACGUGGCGUCGCGGCGCCGCACCAACUUCGCCGCGCAGCUCUCGGCCGAGCGCAUGCUGGAGGAAGCCCACUCCAAGAAGAUCAGCGAGCGGCAGCGCGCGGCUCGAGAGCGCCAGCAGAACGAGGCGCUGGCUCAUGCCCUCGAGGUCAGCAAGAAGGCGCAGGAGCAGCAGGAGCGCGAGGUGCAGCGCAUCUGCGAGGCCAGCGAGGAGUUGCGCGAGCUCGAGGUGUUCCUCAAGACAGCCUACAUGAACAAGGAGCGCGCCACGCAGCAGCUCGAGCGCGAGACGCUGGCGGCGCUGGACCGGCAGCGCGAAGCCGCCAUCGAGCAGCAGAUGGAGUACGACCGACAGCGCGCCCUGGUGGAGAUGCAGAACCAGGAGCUCCGGAAGCGCGUCGAGGCCGAGCAGGGCAAGCAGGUGCUCCAGUCGCAGAUGCUGCAGCGCCAAGAGCUGCGCCGCGAAGCGCAGAUGGAGGCGGACUUCGAGCGGCUCAAGAUCGAGAAGCUCAUGCAGCAGGUCGAAGAGGAGGACGCCGCCGAGCUCGCGCGCAGAGAGAAAGCUCGCGAACAUACCCGCGAGAUGAUCGACCAGGCUCACCAGGAGCGCGAGAGGAUGAAGCAGGAGCGACUCGAAGCUGCGCGCAGAGAGGACGAAGCCAUCGCAGAGUACCGACGGCGCGUGGAGGCUCGCGAGGCCGACAUCAAGGCCUCCGAGGCGGUCAAGAAGGCGCAGGAGGACGCCAUGUUCCGCGCCGUGGAGGCCGAGAUCCAGGCCAAAAUGCGCGAGGAAGAGGAGAUCGAGCGUCUGCGUGACGAGCUCUGGGAGGAGGAGCUGCUCCAGAAGAAGCGCGCGCAGGAGGAGGAGAAGAUCGCGGCCAAGCAGCUCGCCAAGGAGGAGAUGAUGCGCAGCAACGAGAUGCAGAUGCUGCUCAAGCAGGAGCUGCUCGCCCGCCAGCGCGCCGACGAAGAGGCCUUCAACGAGAUGCUCAAGGAGAGGUUCCGCUCCGAGGAGCGCCGCGAGAUGGAGCUGGCAGCGUUCCGCCGAAAGCAGCGCGAGCAGUUCGUGGAGGAGAUCGCCCGGCACCGCGCGCUCAAGCAGGAAGUGGUGUACGCGGAGCUGCAGCGCGAACGCCGCGAGCGGGAGCGCCAGGAGCAGGACGAGAACUACAGGCACCAGGUCGUGGAGGCCGCCAAGCAGCGACUGCUGCGCGAGCACGCCGAUGUGUUACAAGGGUAUCUGCCGCGCGCGUUGCGGCCGUCUUCAUCGUCGUCUUCCAGCGGCCCGAUCUUUCGUUGAUGAGUUGAAUCUCCUUAAUCACAAGCCACACUCUUCUUGCCUAAGGCAUUGCUGCCCGUUAUGCUCCUUGCAUCCAGCCAAGCCCAACGUGUGUAUUUUUUCUUGGUAGUACCUGUUGAACAGCUACGACUGAAAUGCUUUGACAGGAACUCUGGUCAGCCAAACAGCUUAGAAAAAGGGUUUACCUCACCUGCUUCGCGGCGACGGCCUAUUGCUUGGUGUCGUCUUGUUCCAUGGCGUCGUCUUGCUGGUGUAGCUUCCAAAGACUUGCGGAGUCGACCACCUGGCUAUCAGCAUCUGAACUGGUAUCGCGCGCUUAUCUGUAGAUCUUGAGCGAGCGGUCCAUGGACGUGGAAGCGAGGAAGCUCGAAUCGGGCGCGAAUUGGACGCCCGUGACGGCGGCCUUGUGGUCGCUGAACGUCUUCACGACCUCCCAGUUGUUCUUGCUCACUUCCUUCAGCACCUGCACGGCCUGCGCGCUGGCCACGGCGAGAUGCGAGCCGCUCGCAUCAAAGCUGAUGGAGUGGAUGGUGCCCAGCUUGA